AUGGGGACGCUGUCACCAGCAGGCGGUCAGGAGAGCAGCAGUAGCUGGGGGUUGCGCACUGAGACAGUGCAGCCAAAGGAAGAGUCUACAGAAAACUGGUCUCCGGUCCAGUCAAAGGAGGAGCCCACAAAGAACUGGUUAUCGAUCAAUCCACAGGAGCCUGGAGAAAACUGCUCACCAGUCCAGCCAAAGGAGGAGCCCAUAGAGAACUGGUCGCCGACCAAUCCACAGGAGCCUGGAGAAAACUGGUCUCCAGUCCAGCCAAAGGAGGAACCCAUAGAGAACUGGUCAUCGACCAAUCUACAGGAACCGAUCAGACCGAAACCAUCACAUCUACUCAGUCACCUUCUCAGCGGCACCUUUGAUGCCCCGCCGGCGCCCCCUGCCCACGGCGGCUACCCGCCGAUGAUGUGUGGCCGCUGCGGGCGCAUGUUCACGCGUGGUUCGGCGUUCAGCAACCACCAGAAGGCGUGUCUCACGUCGGGGCGUCAACGCACGCAGCACGCCAACACUGCCAUCUGCACCAUGUGCGGCCACCAGUUCGCAAACGCCACCGCGCUCGCCAACCACCAGAGGACGUGUGGGUUGGAGCGGCAGACGGCCGUGCCACACGAAGCGACGUUUGCGUGCUGCCACUGUGGCUGGGCGUCAAAACGCGCCUCAUCGUUCACCUACCACAUGAAGACGUGUGCUCUCGCGAACAGCGCUGCCGGCGGCGACGGCAGCAGUGGCGACGAUGCGAUGCAGUGCGACAUUUGCAAGCGCCGCUUCGAGGACUUGAUGGGGUUGAUGGAACACCGGCGCAACCUCUCGUGCAUGCAGGAGUAA